CCCAGAAAGUGACCGAUAAAUGGCUUAUGAAAGAUUUCACAUUUCAGCUCUUCGGAGGUGACCCUAUUUUCAGGUCAUGGGGGUUGCCAAGUCGAAGACAGUGGUUUGCCAUGAACAAGUGGAUUCUGGGAGCUUCUCCAGUGUGUAGCUGUGGGCAUGUGGAAGUGGUGGCAAAUAAGUGCCCUGUCCAUGAACAGCAAGAAGUGUCCUCUAUCCUGGAGGGCGAGCUUCUGGCCAUGGGAAUGUGGUCUCUGGGUUUGGGUGCGGUUGGUGCGGCCAUCGCCGGCAUUUUCCUUGCCAACACUGACAUGCUGCUUACCAAGCCGCAGCAGGCCAGGGUGGAGUACCUGGAGAAUGCCGACCUGAAAACUCUCGGAGAGGAUGAGAAGAGCUUCAAGGCUAAGUCUUUGUGGGAGUCCUCAGGGGCGGUGAUCAUGGCCGUCCGGCGGCCUGGAUGAUUUUUGUGCAGAGAGGAAGCCUCUGAGCUGUCCUCUCUGAAGCCCCAGCUGGAGGAGCUCGGGGUCCCUCUGUAUGCCGUGGUGAAGGAGAACAUCGGCACAGAGAUCCAGGACUUCAGACCACACUUCGCUGGGGACAUCUUCCUGGACGAGAAGCAAGUCUUCUAUGGUCCUCAGCAGAGGAAAAUGGGGGGCUUGGGCUUUAUCCGUCUUGGUGUGUGGCAGAACUUUAUGCGAGCGUGGAAGGCGGGUUACCAGGGCAACAUGAAUGGGGAGGGUUUCAUUCUGGGCGGGGUCUUUGUCAUCGGAGCAGGGAAACAGGGGAUCCUGCUGGAGCACAGGGAGAAAGAGUUUGGGGAUAAAGUGGACAACGCGUCUGUUCUUGAGGCAGUGAAGAAGAUCCAGAAGGGGGAAUAGGCUAGUUUUCUUUAGAAGCACAUCAAGCAGGUUGAGCUGUUCACAUUCAUUGAAUUCCACCCCAUUGCAGUGCAUAGAUCCAGCUACAUUCACUGACCUUUCUGAGUUGAGACCUGGGUUUUGUGUCUGAAGUAGGAACAAAAUCUCAUAUUUAACCCUGUGAAAUGUAUUCAAGGCAAAACUGACAAACCCCUCUUCAGUUUUUUUGUAAGUUUUUUUUUGUACUCAAUUUUCUUAGAGGAAAUAGUACAGCCGCCGCCUGUCAUGAAUGCAGCUUCCUCCGUAAUGCUUACUUCCUGUUGCCUCCUCGCUUUGAAAGCUUGGUUCAUCUUGUAGAGGGAGAACCGUUACCUCGGUCAACAGACACUCAUGCUGUGAAUUUGAAGGGCUCCUCAGGUAGAACUUGUCUCCGCUGCGGUCCAGGAAAGCGGCGGAGCUUUGUAGUGUACUGUCAUGGAAAUGUCCCAGGGUAUGACAACAUCUGUCUUUCAGGUAUGACGUAGCGUGCGCUCGCACGCUGGCGCGUGAGAGCAUGGAACUUACACUGUGCUUACUCUCAUGGCAACAUAUUGCCUAUUAAGUCCCUCAGUUUGUAUUUUUAUCCAUGUUGGCUUGAGCUACAUUUGCAGGUACAGGUACUUAAGGAUAUUGAUUUAAUUGAUCAGUGGCUACAGUUUAGAAUUUACAACCAAUCUGGGAUACUGAAUGGAAGCACACAGAACCAGACAUUCUGCUAUUGCUAAUUAAGGCAGCUUCUAUCAUAUGGUUUAGGGGUUAGGGAUAGGGUUAGGGUUUAGGGUAGGACUGUUGGACAACCCCUACUACCCCUGUCUAAUGAGACCACCUCUGCUCACAUAGACAUUUUACCCUCCAGCAGUCCAGUGAUUGCAACUGAAGCAAUAUUCCUUUAUGAACUUUUUGUGCUUUUGUGAUGUGUUCCUUGCUGUUCGCUAUUAGAUACAGUGUUAAGUGUGGUUGAGUCACCCAGUCAGACUUCUUAGGCUCUGGCUGCCUUGCUGGCAUCUUAGGGUUGUGCAUGUUUAAUGACGACCUGCGUCCAAACUCCAAGGAGAGAGCAGGUUCGAUGCUCACAUUCACAGCCUGGGAUGCCAGGACCGGGCAAGCAGGCAGCUUUUGGGUCUGGAGGGAUGCAUAUGCCAUCAACAAUAAACUGAGAACUCAUCGAA